AUCCCGGAACUAAGAUGUUUGUUCCUACCCGAGUUACAAAACGUGGUGCACCUUUAAUGCCAGUGUUGUGGCAUUUUGAUUCCCGUCGUUACCAAUGGACUGACAUCAGCCAGCAGAGAUGCUGCUUAAAGAUCUUCCCAGAGAGGCCCUGUUGCGGCCCUUGUCCAGGAAUGAAGUGGUGGGCAUGUUGUUGAGGUUGACCAUCUUUGGUGCUGCGACCUACUACGGCAUCAAAUGGGUCGUCGACGCUAUGGACCCUACUGCCAAGCAGAAAAGCCAAGCCAAGAAGAGGGCAGAACAGCUGAUGAAGAGGAUUGGUGUUGAGGGUGUCAAACUAACAGACUAUGAGAUGAACAUUGCAUCUCAUCUAGUUGAUCCACAUUCAAUGAAGGUGACCUGGAGAGAUAUAGCUGGUCUGGAUGAGAUUAUCAAUGAGCUGCAAGACACUGUCAUCCUGCCCUUUCAGAAAAGACACCUUUUAACUGGCUCCAAACUCUUUCAGCCGCCCAAAGGUGUUUUAUUGUUUGGUCCUCCGGGAUGUGGGAAGACUAUGAUCGCCAAGGCAACAGCCAAAGCCUCAGGCUGCAAGUUUAUCAACCUGCAGGCCUCCACGCUGACAGACAUGUGGUACGGCGAAUCACAGAAGCUGACUGCUGCUGUCUUCUCAUUGGCUGUCAAAAUCCAGCCCUGCAUCGUCUUCAUUGAUGAGAUCGAGUCCUUUCUGAGGAACCGCUCCAGCCUGGACCACGAGGCCACAGCCAUGAUGAAGGCCCAGUUCAUGAGCCUGUGGGACGGCCUGGACACUUCCUCAACCACUCAGGUGAUGGUGAUGGGAGCUACAAACAGGCCACAGGACGUGGAUCCAGCCAUUCUGCGCAGGAUGCCCGCCACGUUUCAUGUUGGCCUGCCAAGCACAAGACAAAGACAGGACAUCCUGAGGUUGAUUUUAGCAGGAGAAAACCUGAGCAACGCCAUUAAUCUGAAGGAGAUUGCCGAGAAGACUGAAGGUUAUUCUGGCAGCGACCUCCGGGAGCUUUGUCGCGAUGCGGCCAUGUACCGAGUGCGGGACUACGUCCGCAAGGAGCAGAUGAGGCAGAUCGCUCAGCAGCUGCAAGACUGCCAGGAGGAGGAAAAACCUGUGGACGAGGAGCGGCUGCGUCCGGUCACCCAGCUGGACCUCCUCUUCGGCCUGGACAAGAUGAAGGAAUCUAAGCGCGCCACAUCCUUCAUGUUACCCAUCGUGUCAGAGGUUCCCCUGGACUAAACGCCAACACUGCACCGCGACGGGAAACAUUUUCAUCUCGCUUUUGUCUGUUCCAACUCCCCAAGCAGAGGCUCCUCCAACAUGUCGGAGAGUAGUCGUACUUUUUCUUUUUAAGUGUAUUUAUCCAGGCGGGGUUUGUUCUGAGCAUGCUCGCUUCACAUGUACAGUUACAUUCCGACGCGUCCUGUUGGUCGCUGCUCCAGAGAGCCAUGAAAGAUUGUUGGGAAGAGGAGAAAGCAUUUCUCCAUGAACGUUAUGUCGGUCUGAAGUUACUGCGAGUAAUGCUACAAACUGCACAUGAUGAUGAGCUGAGGGGGUUAAGCACCAUGACUCACGAUUCACUGAAGUCCUUUGAGGUUUGCUGCUUCAUCAACUGUCUCCAUCUUUCUUUUUUGGGCAAACACAUGUUUGAUAACAAAGACUUAAAUCACUUUAAAGGGAUUUUAUCAAAGCACUUUGGAAGAGCUCAUGCAGCAUGCGUGCGAUGAUACGAUACAGAAAAGCAACUGAGGUUAACUAAACCCGUGAGAGGUCUUCGGUGCUGCUUUGUAACAAAGUCUUCUGCACUUAAUAUUUGUUUCCACCCAAAACCACAACAGCUGUUACCUCCUAAUGUAAAGUUAAUGCUGUAUUUAUUGUGCCAUUAUCACUUUGAACUUCAGAUCCCGUGCGUCAAUCAAUGUCUGCCGCUGCAACACACCCCAGAGGUUCUCCGUCAGUUACUUUAAGUCUCACUUCACAGUGAACAUACUUUUAAUCAGCUGUCAGUCUGAAGUUGUUGUGACAUGCUUCUCUGACUCCCGCUCUAUAAAUAGCCUCAUUGUUGGCCACAUGGUCACAGCAUGUGUUCAUAGAUCUCAUGCAGACCUUUCUCCCACUCGGUGUGAGUAAGCGUACUGAUCGUUCAACCGUGACCACGUGGUGGCACUGCAGCGUCACCGUCUCACUGAGAAGAUGGACUGCUCACAUAGAGAGCAGUUGUAAAGCUUUGUGCCGAGAUAAUGAAAUCAGGAACUCGGCACACUAGAUUAUUUCUCCCUUAUUGGUUGAUUCAGGGAUAAUUAGACAUCUGUUGCUCUUCAUUAGAGUUCCUCAGGUUACAGUUAAAGCUCAAGGCAGUGCAAUGUAAACCAACGAUGACGUCGCUGCAGCUUACAGGUCGUGCUUUUCUCUCCUGGAGAAGGGUAACAGUCGUGCAAAUGCUUUUUCUCAAUGCGAUAUCAGGUUAUCAGUUACGUGGCAGAGACGCAUUCUAUUGAUAGACAGUGUCCACAUGCAGUUACUGUUCAUUACACUGACAAAUAGGUGUGUGUGUGUGUGUGUUGAAUAUAUGUUAAUGUGCUGUAAAGUGUAUUUAUUAAAUGACUCUGAAGGGAACAUUGGAACAUU